AACUCGCUCUAAAUACAACCUCGCUUCCCGAAAAUGGUGAUGGGCAGACGUCGUCUAGUGUGAUACGCGGAUACGCUUCGUAGGAGCGUAGUUUUAUGUUCACAAUGUGCAUCGUUUGAUCUGAAUUUAUCAUGGACAAAAAAGACAAAUUACAAGAUGCCGCGGAAUUGGCGAAAUUACUUCCCGAAAGCGCCACGUCGUCCUCAGGGAAUUCAGAACGGGACACAAGCACUAAUACGGCAGUGCUGACGACUACGAGCGUUGCUUCGUCGUCGGCGACUUCUCAGGGGCCCUCAAGCAAUAGGGUAUCGCUUGACGAAACACCGCAGUCGUCUAAGUUUCAAAAUCAGCAACCCGAUGCGGAUGAUGCGGAAGAAGGAGGUGACUUAUUGAGCAACUUGAGUCAGUACCUCUCCAGGAAGCUGGGCUUUGCCACUGAAGAUGGACCAGUUCAUGUAUUGGAUGAGCCUACAGUGGAUGGUAUCAUCCGCUACAUGCAAGGCGGAAAAUGCAGGAACAUUAUUGCUAUGAUUGGAGCAGGAAUUUCAACCGCCGCGGGCAUCCCAGAUUUUCGCAGCCCCAGCAGCGGCAUCUACUCCAAGUUGGGCAAAUACAACCUUCCCUCACCUGAAUCCAUAUUUGAGAUCAACUAUUUCAGGCGCAAUCCAGCCCCCUUCUUUGCGUUGGCUAAGCAGCUUCUUCCACAGGACCUCAAGCCCACUCUGAGUCAUUUCUUCCUCCGUCUGCUGCACGAAAAGGGACUGUUGUUGCGACUUUACACGCAGAACAUUGACUCCUUGGAACGUAUGGCCGGUGUACCCGCAGAAAAACUGGUGGAGGCACAUGGAACGUUCCACACAUCGCACUGUCUCGAUCCUGAGUGUAACACAGAAUAUUCUUUGCAGUGGCUCAGAGAAAAAAUUGCCACGGAAGCAGUUCCUGUUUGUCCUCAUUGCAAUACUCCUGUCAAGCCCGACAUUGUGUUCUUUGGAGAGAGGUUGCCAGAAAGAUUCUUUCAGCUGGCUGAUGAGGAUUUUGCAAAAUGUGAUCUUCUUCUUAUCAUUGGGACUUCACUUCAAGUGCAGCCAUUUGCUGGAUUGGUGGACAGGGUACACAACUCCAUUCCGCGACUACUUAUCAACUUGGAAAAAUGUGGCCAAGGCAACCUGAUGAGCAAAAUCUUUGGCUUCAGCUGUGGCUUGGAUUUUGACUCUGAAGCAAACUAUCGGGACGUUGCCUUGCUCGGCACCUGUGAUGACGGCUGCAGGCAGAUUGCGCAGCUCCUGGGCUGGAAGGAAGAGUUAGAGAAGCUAGUGGCACAGUACCAGAGCGACAUGAAGGCAGAAGCAGACGCGAUUGCCGCAGCAGCGGCUGCAGCAGAGGCUACCCGCAUAGCGGAAGAAAGGGCUAAAGCUGCGAAAGAAGCCGCUCAGAAGCCGUCUAGUGGUUCUAACGCAGGCACACCGGGAGAUGCAACAGAUAAGAAAGAGCAAAAGAAAACCGUGACAUCACCAGAUGCCCAGAAGUGAAGUUUGAAGCGAAGCAGUGAUACAACGAAAGUUUUCUUACGCGUUCCGACGACUCCUCAGCAGCUACACAGCAGCACACCACCUGCCGAACACCCUUCCGGUGUGUUGCUUGCACCGCAUUUGGGGAUGUAAACUUUAUGCUGCAGGUACAAUUCCUUGUUCCUCAUCUCCUCCUUUCCACUUUUGUUUCUUGAUUACUGAUGGUAAUUAUUGUGACAGACACAUGUUACGUCUGUGUGUUAAUCAGCGUGCUCGAAAACCUUUGGUGUUUUUUCGUCUUUCUUUUAAAAUCUUCAGCAUGAAUCUGUCACUGUGCAUGCCAUAUGACAGUGAAAGCAUGUGUGGAAAUAAAGUGUAUUGAGUAAUGCAAGUACUUUACGGUAGUAUAAUUAUAUCGAAAAGGGGAAAAAAAAGAAAACACUGUCAAGGAGCCCGCGAAGAGGGAAUCACACACGUAACAUGAAAAACGGUUAGGAGCAACUAAGAUUUAUUUGAACAAGAACUUUCGUGUAAGAGACUGCACUUCUGCGUAAGUAUGAACAGCGUAAUUAUUUGUAACGGUGAUGUUACUUUAAAUUAAUUUUUCUUUCAACAUCCUGUAGCUGUGGCAUCAGUAGCUUAGAGAGUAAUACAUUCUACCAUAAUAAAUUUUUAGUCGACAAAGAAUACGAUCAAAAUUUUGCGACUGAAAUAUAAAAAUAUUACAGCACCAGCAGCGUAGCUAAUCGGAGUUUCGUUGGUACAUCGCUGAUACAUGACAGUUGAGUAAGGGCCUUGUAGAUCUCAAAUCUUCAACAAUGGUUUGAUCAAUCAGUGAUGGACCAUGAACAACUUUUGAGGAACUUACAAAAUGUGCAGCUGGACACUGUUGUGAGAGGACCACCUCACGAUGAAAUGCGACGGUUUAUCAUGUAGCCAGUGCACUGCUGGUUUUCACUGUGCUAUACGUCACAACCUACAAAAUCAACGAAAUUUGUGCAGUUUUUCAACUGUUCCUGUAAAUAAUGACAGUGUCUGGAAUCUUUUGGGAAAUUUGCUAUAGUGCUGUACAUCCUUAAUUGAACGCAGAAAGCGUUUUGCAUCAGAGUGUCUGGCCAUGUACCCGUGAUGCAAAAAUGGAAAGCAUCCAAUGAGACCCGCAAUAGUGGUCCCUCUGAGGCAAACAGCUCUUAUUGGCCAUAUUGAGGUGGAACCAUGUGACACAGAAUGACCAACGCACAAUUGUAGCUCCUCAGCAGUGCGAUAGUAACAUACAGAAAGACAGCGCUUGUUAUGAAAGCAGAGCGGGUGAUUCUUCCUGGCUGGCUACUAGUGUGGAAUGCUGUUGGAUGGCAGAUCAAGAUUGUGUAAUUAUUGUGUAAAGUCACGUUUGCCGGAAACUGGCACCGUAAGAGGUCUCAUCUACUAGUUCAAGACAUAUCUAUAUCAGAGAAAAUUAGGAGACAUAUCAAGAAUACAGAUUCUGUUCGCACCUAUCCCUGUGUUGUAUGUAUGCUGCAUGAUGAAGGAUUUUACGGCAGAGUUUCAACAUAUUUCUAGCGAGCUGUAUCCCUGCAGACCUCAAUAUGGCACGUUGAAAAGUUCUGAGCCGCUUCUAGAGAAUCUUUUAAAGAUGCAAAGUUGAGCAGUAGAUGAUGACUUUGUGACAUCACCAGCACCUUCCCGUCCAAUGAAAAGCUCGACAAGACCUGGCACCUCCCCUGUGCCAUGUAGACGCUGAUUAGUUAGUUCCCCCUUUUGAGACAAAUUGGGUCAAGCACCUCAGACAUGUUGCCUGGACAUGACCAGGUAUGGCACUACGCUGAUAAUAUUGGUCCCUUCAGUACCCAUACUCGUAGGUGGCGCCGUAGGUUGGCGGGAAGAUUCGUCCCGCUACCUCUGUGGGGAGUUUUCCGAGGGAUCAUUCAAAUUUUCUCAGUUAGUCACGUGUGCUCUAGCGUGUCUAAAUAGGAUGUGGUCAACGUCUUCCUCCUGUUUUCUGCAAAGCGGCAGUUCCUCCUUCCCCCGAUAUGUCCUUCCUCUUACCCUCUCCGAGUCCCAUAGAUGGUUCUUUGGCAACGGCUAACGGUUCUUGGUCCCAUAAAGCCAUUAGCUGAAUAACAUUUUCUGAUCCUCAAGGUGUAGCCAAACGAGGAGCACAAAACUGAACGGAAGUCUCCCACAUGCCCAGACACGAAACACGUUGCUAAACAGGCGCGGGGCAGUGCACAGGUCUGCUCCGAUUGCUCGUAUGUCACUGUGUCGUCUGCUACUGCUCUAACUGCCCGUACGUAAAAUGCGGAAACUGUAGGUCUCCGCGACUUGGCUGCACUCGCUGCACCUCCCUUUCUUUUUUUUCUUUUCCAGAGCCACGUACAUCCUCACCCGUCACUUUCCCGUUCAUUUUUGUAAAAUUGUGUGUCUGGUUCUGUUGGAUAGGGACAGGACACAACCAUGUCGAGCGGACUAUAAAUGCGUGUCUCUGGCGUAGAAAAGGAAUCGUUUGCCAAAUUUUUGGUAACGGUGUAUUAAAUGAAAGCCAAGCACCUAAAAACGAAAAGGAACGGCGCGAGUGGCAUUUGUUUUGGAAGCGAUGGUGGAGCGCCAGUGUCACAGCUGCACGCUUUGACUGUCCGAACACACUCGUGGCACCAUCGCGCAACUUUCCAGAACCAGUGCAGCGAGUGCAGCCCUUCAAUCCAAAGAAACUUCAUACGUUGCAGAAAACAUUCUAACGGCAACAAAAAGAUAGAGUACAUGGACCACGUGCAGGCACUCCUGAUGUUAAUGACACUGCAAAAAAAAAAAAAAAAAGCAGAAGUAUGAAAUUUUCAAUGUGAUCAUGGCCACACAGCCCAGUCAGUGUUUGCAGCUGCGGGCAAACGUGCUGCCACCUGUGGGCCUUCAGUUGCUGUACGGGGCAUUUUUGUUAAUCGUUUAUAAAAUUUGUAUAAUAAAUAAAUAAAUAAAAAUAAUAAUUUGUAUUUGUGCCAUUUUCAUAGGUGGGAUAUGCGGCCAGGUGGACAUCUUGUGAGAAAUUGUGUGCAACUACUGGACGACUAAUUACCUAAAGUUUAUUAAUUAACUUUUAAUUGGAUGUUUUUGGGGAAAUGGGAGAUAGCAAAAUUGGAGGGAGUUGUUAUUUAAAUCUGCCCUCUUUCCUAAAUAUUCUGAAAACAAGCACGUACAUUGAUAAAUUUAUUGUAAAAACUGUCUCACAUUUUCCCGAAAACCUUUAGUUAAAGGGUGAAUUAAUGAAUUUUAGGUAAUUAGUCACGCAAUAGUUGCAUGCGCUUUCCCACAGGGUGCCCGCACAGGCCACGUAACACCCCUGCAAUAAUGGCAUCAGUGCUGCUCUCAGUUUGUUUUUUAAAAAAAUCUAAAGGAUAAAGACAACACCCUGUACAUUCUGAGCCUUGUGAAGCCAUUAUCACAUUGGAAAGAUUUCUUUGUACAACAUUUAAAAUUUUCUCUUUGGGCCAUGCUUGUGGGUAGUGUAUGUUUUUUUUUAUAUGUUUUUGUUUCCGCAGCCACUGCUGAGUUCUUUUAUAGUCCCAUGAGAUAUCUAUUUGUAGAAGCCUAGCCAUAUUGUUAGCAUUCCUCAAUUUUAUUGCUAUGCCUUUGACUAGUUGGCUAUUAAAGGAGUAAUUACUUUCAUAAAUGCAAUCAACAAUUCAUGUAGCAAUAUUUAUUGACAGCUCUGUGGCAAAUUGUGCGCGCAGGGUGUAAAAAUAUUCUGCGUUAAAAAUAUAUAUCGAGUGAAUAUACAUGUGCGUCAAUAUUUCUAUUUAUCCAAGUUGGAAGUGAACACUUAUAUAUUUAUUCACUCGUUGACGAUGUACACUAAAAGUUGUCAUUAAAAACUUCAUUACUCUGGA